GUGUGUGCAGACAAGAAACAGGGUAAAAGGUCCCAAGCAGCUCAGCAAUAUAAACCUUGCUCUGCCAAAACCUUCUGCAGGAUGCCUGGUGAUCAGGCAGAAGCGUUACCAUGAGGCAGGCCCGGACUGGCAAUCUGUGGGUUCUGCCAAAUGCCAGAGAGGCUGCUAUAAGUGGGGCCCUGGGCUGUCUGGUACCUCUGAGACCUACAGGUUUAUAGGUGCUCAGUGGGCCCAGACAGAUAGGAUUUGGGGUGUAGUACACCUGGUGGAUGGAAUUAACCCCCAGUUUUGUCACAGACUGGUGACAGUUAACGGUGGGAUUCAUCAGCCUCAGUGUUUGGAUAACUUUUGGGAGUUUAGUAGCAGAAUGCCUAUCAACUACCGGAGAAUGAACAGGGAGGAGCUGCUAGCAUUGUGCCAGGAGAGAUGCAUUGCUGUGGCACCAGAGGCUAGCCGUCAAGAUAUGUUCCUUCUACUCCGCACAUUUGAUGCAGAACUUGAGAGAGAGACAUUUGUGGAGGAGGAUGUUAAUCCAACUCAGGAUCAGAUGGAAACAGCCCCAAUGACAAAUACAGAAAUCAGCCCUAGGCAUGCUAGCAGUGGAUUUGACACAGCAGAAGAUCGCAGACUG